AUCCUUUACUCUCUCUCUCUCUCUCUCUCUCUCUCUCUCUCUCUGUAUAUAUAUACAUAGAUGUCCCGUGUCCGAGCCUCCGUGGGAAGCUCCAAGUGGGGAAGUUCCAAGUCAGGCUCGAAAUCGACUGCCGUAAAAAAAAAGCCGAAAGCUGGAGGAGCGGACGAGAGAGAGCAAAGAGAAGCUGAAAGUGAAUAGCAGCAGCAGCAGCACGGCGGCGAGGUGGCGGUGGCUGAGACAGAUGUCCCUCCACAUCCACCGCUCUUCCGACGCCUUGCCCCGCCUUUCCUUGUCCGACCCCGGGGGUUCCUCCGCUCAGGUUCUUCUUCAUGGCGGGCAAACGGUAUCGUGGAAGAACGAGCACGGAGAAGAACUGCUUUUCGCGAGCAGCAAGCAGGCGGCUUGGAAAUCGGCUAAAGCAAUUAGGGGAGGAGUAUCCAUUUGCUUUCCACAGUUUGGGAGUUUGGAAUCCUCCUUCCAUCGAUCGCUCAGGAGCAGAAUAUGGUCCUUAGAAAAUUAUUAUUCAACUCUGCCUUCAACUACAUCUAGUGAACAAUCAUCGGUAGAUCUCAUCUUCAGGCCUACAAAAGAAGAUAUGAAAAUGUGGCCGCAUAGCUUUGAAUUGAGACUCCAUGUAUCUCUGAGCCCCGGCAAGCUAACUUGGAUCCCCCGAGUGAAGAACAUCGAUAACAAGGCUUUUGCCUUCACAUUUGCUCUGUGCAAUUACUUGUCAGUAUCGGAUAUCAGCGAAGUGCGUGUUGAAGGUCUGGAAACGCUUGAUUACAUGGACAAUUUGUUGCAGAGAAAGCGAUCAACCGAGCAAGCAGAUGCAAUUACCUUCGAUGGCGAGAUUGACAGGGUUUAUCUAAGCACACCUUCUAAUAUUGCUGUCAUAGACCACGAAAAGAAGAGGACUUUUGUGCUGAGGAAAGAGGGUCUCCCAGAUGCAGUUGUUUGGAAUCCAUGGGAGAAAAUGGCAAAGGCACUGCCAGAUCUAGGGGACCAGGAUUACAAGACAAUGUUGUAUAUAUGCUCUGCUGCAGUGGAGAACCCAAUUGUGCUGAAGCCCAUGGAGGAAUGGAGAGGCUGCCAAGAGAUUUCUGCUGUGUCUUCAAGCUAUUGCAGUGGGCAGCUGGAUCCAAGGAAAGUUGUUCAUGCUUUUACCUCAUCCCCCCCGCAAUGACCAAAAACCAGAGGAUUUUCUAUUUGGCACACAGAAAUUAAUGGCAAGUAAAUUAUUUUCUAGCGUUGUGGGCAGGUUGAAUGUUCUUCUCUUGUCAAUGCUUUCUUUUCUGAUAUGGGUUUCCAUGGUGGAGUGUUCUUUCUCAAUAUUUUCUGGGUUGGAAGCAAUUUCCUGUGAUUUUAACUAAAAAUGAACAUGUAUUCUCCUAUGAUAUAUUCAAAUCCAGAGGAGUUAAAUGUAAUUUUAAACAGUUUCCUUGAGCCGAUCCAUUCCUAAAUGGCCACAAC